CUUGCCCAUUACCGUGACGUGAGAACCCACUCCCUGCCCUCUUCUCUCCCUCGCAGCGCCUGGGGAGAGACCCUGUUUGUAAUGGUGCAGACGGUGUCCAUUGGGUUCCUGGUGCAGCAUUUCGGGGGUCAUACCAAGCGCGGCCUGGCCUUCCUCUUGACCUACUUUGCCGUCCUGUCUCUCCUGCUCUCUUCGCUCACUCCGGCAGCGGUGGUGACGGGCCUGCAGGCGUCCAACAUGCCUGCUGUCGUAAUCAGCAGGUUCCUGCAAGCAGCCACCAACUACCAGAAUGGGCACACAGGCCAACUCUCGGCCGUCACGACCAUCUUGCUCUUUGCGGGGUCCGUGGCACGCAUCUUCACCUCCAUCCAGGAGACCGGAGACUCUCUCUUGGUGCUGACCUAUGUUGUCUCCUCGGGGUGCCACGCCCUCCUCUUGGGACAGCUGCUGUACUACUGGAACGCUGUGGACCGGCUCAAGAAAGAGUGACCGGCCUGGUGCCUGCAGGGAGCAAGCAGCGCACUCGGGGUGAUCCUGAAGUCAGUGGAGGGGCCCCUUCCUGCGUUCCGAGCCGAGGGAGAUGGUUGCCUUCUCUGGGAGUUUCACAGGACCUUUUAGCAGACUGGGCAGGGCGAUGAGGCCUCAAUGGACUGCUGCUUCCUUCACCUCGGGGGCUGGGAAGAGGUCUUCCCUUGCUGCCCCCCACCCAGACUUUUCAAAACAAAGCACAGCCUGUUGCAGAACCGUA